AGGAAACAAUGCAGUAACGCUGAUCAACAGGGGAAAAAAAUCAAAAUCUUAUUGUGGUGGUCAAAGCUAUGAAAUUCUGAACAUUUAUGUUUUGGAACAUUGGUGAGUUUGUUCCCACUUUCCUUCCACCUUCCUAUUUUAGCUUAUGCUUUAAAAAUACAUCCUUUAAUAAAGUUGUCUUCAAUAUUUGACUUAAAUCUAUUCCUUAUUUGGCAAAAUAAACCCAGUUAUAGACUUGCGUUCUACCACAGUCUAACUCGGAACUGCAGUCUAGGAGCAUGCGCACAAGUAGGCAAUUUAUCACAUUUUUGUACUGUUACACAUGUGUUUUUCUUAUAAAAAUAUUUUUUUUAUGAAUAAAUUAAAUAUUUAUGCAGCAUAACAAUCAUUGCUACUUGUACCCUGCCACAUUGUUCACAUCAUUACCUUUUAAUAAGUACAAUAUGGCGCAUGAUUAAUAAAAGGUAUCAUUGAUAAAAGGGAUGCAAAUGUUACCUUAAAAGCAGUGUUUAUUCCACUGCAGUUCUAUUGGGAUUUAUUGAACUGCAGUUUGAAAGUGUGUAAGGACCUCACACUUAACUGCAUCAGAUAUGAAUGUUUUUUAAGCUUUUUUUUUUUUGAAUACUCACUGCUGCAUCUGAUAUAUGUUUUAAGAACACUCAUUAUAAUUCUCUCAAGAUUUCUACAAAUUUAGCAAAAACACACAGCAAGUUAAUUGGACACAAUGACAUCCAUGGGAUGACAUUACUUCCUAGUGUGUGGGCAGUAAAUAUGAACAGCUACUCCAGAGUUCUGGUAUAAGAGCAUAAAACAAGUAAAUUAUCCUUCACAGAUUUCCCACUACUUAAAGCUGUUUACAACCAGCUGUUCUGGAGACAAACAACACUUUAUCAAGCCACUGAUCUCAAAAUAUUGGAAGCAUGUCUGGGUUAUGUUUGGUGUGGGCGAUCUCCUGGCCUGUUUUUUAUCUAUCAACACAGAAGAGUAAAUGACAGAAGUCAUUUAAAAGAUCCUGUUUCUAACCGGAUAUCCUAUUUGUUGAACUGGUUGAGUGAGUACAAUAAGAGCUAGGUCAGGAAAAGUGGGCCCCUUUUCAAUAUAGGUGACUAAUUAUAAGAAACUGCCUACACCUAAAAUUUUGGUAGCUGUACUUACACAUAAUGCUUACGGCUUCUGUUGGAUACAGUCAUGUCUAAGUUAAAGAUGUUGAAUGAAGCACAACUGUUGCUUUUCCUAUGUGUGUGUAUAGGAACGUCAACAGUACUAGUAUCUGGGGCACCACAGCAAGAAAGCUGUCCACAUGAUUGCACAUGCCAAACAUCAAGUUUGUGGGAUUUUAUAGAAAGCAAGAUGAAAGAAGUAAACACAGUGUAUGGAACAAGUGACAGUCUUGCCAAUACAAAGACGAGCUUGACAAGUUUACUAGAACGGCUGAAACCCUUCUUUCAACUAUUCCCUUGCUUAAACAUCCAAUGUGCUGUUCAUGAUGAUUGGAGCUUCGACUUAAGUGAAAGUGUGAAAUAUGCCACUUCACAGGGUGUUUUUGUUACAUUGAAUGUUAUCUGCCCAAGAGGAGCUGUGCUAAACUGGACUGACACUGCCCCCUAUAGUCAAAUUGCUGGUCUGACAGUAAGGGGCUGUGCUUUACAGAAGAACACAAACAUUUCAAUUGAAAACACAGUUAACCUGAUAGAAAUAGAUUUCUCUAAUGUUGGCACAAACUGGUUUAGGCACGUUACAAUCCAUGCUCAAGCACUUUCCAAUGUGUAUAAAUUAAGCUUAGAAAACAACAAUCUCACUACUUAUCCACUUGACACUAGUGGUUAUGGAAUGAAAAACCUACGUUGGCUGAAUUUAAGAGGUAAUCAUUUUAGUUCAAUAGACUGCGCUCUGCUGGAGAAAUACGAUACUUUAGUGGACAUAGACAUGGACAACAAUUUAAUCACAACCAUCCCCAACUGUGUGACACAGCACAGAUCUCCAAACCAUGCUAAAUUACAUUUACGUCACAACCUCAUCACAGACCUAGAAGCAUGGUAUGAACCAAAACGCGUCACCAGCUCUUUGUGGGGUCUUUAUCUUGACUACAACAAAAUCACAAGUCUGCGCAGAAUUGCCAGUUGUAACCUACAGAUUAUUCACCUCAGCCACAACAGUAUCAACUACAUCGAACCCUCCACAUUCUGGAGUUUGAAGUACCUCAUGGACGUUGACCUGAGCUACAAUAUGUUGAGCUACAUAGAGCCAGGGACAUUCACAGGUCUUCCCAUAAUAGACAAAUUAGACUUGAGCAGUAACAAGCUUGUUGUUAUAAGUGAGAGUAUUUUACCAACCUUCCUUGGGAUUUUAAAUGUUAGUGCCAACCAAUUGCAACAUCCACCUUUUCACAACCCAGACUAUCAAAUCCCACCAAUUAGAAAUAUAUAUGCCAAAGACAAUCCGUUCCGAUGUGACUGCACUAACUCAUGGUUACACAGUUACCUUCAAAAGGCAAACGCCACAGAGGUCUACUACCCAUCUUCAUAUGAAUUUCUUCACAGAGGAAAAUACAAUAACCUGUCACUUUCUACAAACCCAUUUAAGGAUAUAGAAGAUUUUCAAUGUGCGAGUCCAGCCAAAUGGAAAGAUGACAAAUUAUUAGAUCAUAUUGAUUUUACUUCUGUUUGCCCAGUGGUUGAAGAUUGCCCUUCCCCAUGCUAUUGUAACUGGGACAGCAGACUUAACCUAACAAAAGUCCACUGUGAAAAUCUAAAUAUCACAACUCUGCCAUCAGCGAUGCCAAAAGGCAACCUCAGUAUAUACUUACAGAACAACAAACUUGAAAUAAUCACAGAUCAAGAUUAUUUCUCAAGAGUACAUACACUUGUUGCCAGCAACAACUCAAUUGCAAAAAUCACCAGCAGGAUUUUCUGGUACAUAUCCCAUGUGCAGCUGGAUGGAAAUAAUCUAAAAAGUUUACCACAGGACAUAGAAAGUAUGAAAGGUCAUAACAUAACUUCCCUUUCACUGAGCCGGAACCCAUGGACGUGUUCCUGUGAAAACCUGUGGCUAAAGUCAUGGCUUCUUAAAAAGAGAAAAGUCAUCCACAUGGACUCCGUUAUAUGUACAAAUGAACCUGUUAAAGGAAAACCAAUAUCACAAGUAACGGAAGAAAUGCUGCUUUGUCACCCUGACAGCUACAUUCAAGUAGCAGUAUCUUUAGGCGUUCUGCUCUUGCUGACACUCAUAACAAUAGCAGUCUUAUAUAAAUAUCGCUUUGAGGUCAAGGUUAUCCUACACAGUCGCUUCAACUGGCAUCCCUUUGAUCGGGAUCAAGAAAUGACAGAAAAACUAUAUGAUGCCUUCAUUUCCUACAGCAGUGAGGACCGUUUAUGGGUACACACCACCUUGGCUCCCACACUAGAAAACCAACAGUUACCUUAUCGUCUCUGUAUGCAUUGCAGAGACUUUCUGCCAGGGGAGGCCAUAGACAACAACAUCAUUCAGGCCAUUCAAAACAGCAGGUGCACCAUUCUGGUACUAACAAAGAACUUCUUAAGGAGCAACUGGUGCAUAUUUGAGUUCCAGCAAGCCCACUAUCAAAUGAUCCACAAUGCUCACUUUAAAGUGAUCGUCAUCCUCAAAGAAGAUAUCCCAGCUAACGAGGAAAUGGACGAUGACCUCCGUGCCUACCUGAGAACUCACACCUACUUAGAGGCAAAGGACAAAUGGUUUUGGAAGAAACUACUGUAUGUGAUGCCAACAAUGAAUAAAAAUCACCAUGAAAGAGGGUAUAACCUUGCUCAGGAUGGUGCAACCAAUGUAUAAUGUCUGUAAUAAGAGGCAUUUCAGCAGCUUGAUAUUUUUUUAAAUAAAUGUUAAAUUCCAAAUAAGCAGAAAGAGAAAGACAAUCAACAUCAACAACUUUGUUUUUCACUUAUAACCAUGUACAUUUUAAUACUUUCUAAGCUUAAAGGGAUAACAACUGUUAAUUUUGGUAAAAAAAAAAACAGAUUUCCCAAGGGGAAUUCGUUUACCCUAGGGAAAUCUGUUUUUUUACCAAAAUGUUAAAUUCCAAAUAAGCAGAAAGAGAAAGACAAUCAACAUCAACAACUUUUGUUUUUUAGUUAUAACCAUGUACAUUUUUAAUACUUUCUAAACUUAAAGGGAUAACAACUGUUCAUUUUGGUCAAAAACAGAUUUUCCUAGGGUAAACGAUGAUUUCCCCAUACUUAACAAUAGUUAAUUAAUUCAUUUGGACAUUCAGAGUUAGUCCAUGUUAUUUUUCUUAUAAGUUUUUUUUUUUAAUA